AUGACGAGGGGUUUUAAGCAUGCCAUCCACCUGGAUGAUGUGGCCAAGAAGGAGAACAGCUCCACCCACCAAUUCGUCCACAGCUUCCCGUUGUCAGAGCCAGCCGGCUGGCUCAGCAGAUACAUCUACAUCCUGACUGUGUCCUGCUACAGUUUUCCUUUGGGUGCUAGUGGCAGUGACAUCGAAGACGUGGCUGUGGUUUGGUCCAAGUGCACCUUCUUCACCUUCUUCAGCACGUGGCCUGUCCUCUCGCUGAUUGUCAUCCGGUUGGCUGAGAGGCUACAACUACCAGUACAUCGAGGCUGUCCUGUCGUCUCACUCCUCCCCUGUUUGAUCCACAUGGACUCGGCCAUCUCCCACCACAACAAGCUGCAGACUGCUCACACCUCUCAGGACAACGACCCCAAACACACAGCCAAAGUCAUUAGGAACUAUCUUCAGUGUAAAGAAGAACAAGAAGUACUGGAAGUGAUGGUACGGCCCCCACAGAGCUCUGAUCUUAACAUCAUCGAAUGUGUCUGGGAUUACAUGAAGAGACAGAAGGGGUUGAGGAAGCCUGUAUCCACAGAAAAUCUGUGUUUAAGGACCCGCUGCCUUGAUCUUCUGGGCUUCCAGCAGUUUAUGGAAGACAGUGAAAUGACCUCUGACCUGAUGGACGAGGGAAAGGAGCUGAACCGCCAGGAAAGUCAUCUGCUGGGAGAAGAAACAACAGUGAAACGGGAAGUACAAAGAAGCUGCUCAUCACUGGAUAUUCUGCUUAAGAUUGAAGAUUGAACAUCUGCCUCCCAGCAGGUCAGUAAAACCGAGACAGCUCUUCAGAAUCGGCGACAACAUCUCCAGCACCAUCAGACUGAGAACAGGAGCUCCUCGAGGCUGUGUUCUCACCCCACUGUUGUUCGCUGUCCUGACACUGCACUGCUCUACACAGCUCCAACCACAUCAUCAGGUUCGCUCAUCAGCAACGACGACGAGUCGGCGUAC